AUGCCAUCCGACUCCAACUCAGAUGAUCCUGUAUACUACAUUCACUACAAUCGUUAUGGUUUCCGUGAGGUGGUCCCCGGACGUCGAUUGCGACCCAACCCCAAUGCACAGAGGCCCUAUUCCUCGUCGACUUCGAGUUCGACACGACAAUUUAAUGAAUCUUGGUUUAACUAUCACAAUUUGACCGACGUUUCCUAUCCUUCAUCCCUGAGCAUUUCUCUUAGCAACAGCAAUGGGUCGAGUCUUGGUACAUCUGGUGGUCAAUCCCCUUUGACAAGCUUCCCAACAUAUGCGCCAGCUGCUGCUGCAUGGAGCGGCUACUCUACAACACAGCUGCCUGGUCCGUUUCCUGGCCAUUCGGCUGGCGCAACUCACUCUCGAACCAGCUCAACUUCCUCUCAUGGCAGCGGAUAUGAAGCCGACAGAAGUGAAUCUGAUUAUGCUGGUGAGGAAACCGCCAACGCUCCCAGUCACCGCGCUGUGGGUCAUGGUCGUUCCGCCAACGCUCCUAGUAAUCAUCCCGCUGCCGGUCAGGUUCUAGAAAACAGCCGUAACUCAUUGGGCUCUGAUUUCAGUGGCGGACAGUAUGGCCAGUUCAAUCAUGCCUCCAGUUCGACAGCUGCCAUUAGGGCUGCUGCUGGCUCUCCCUUGUACCCCGUGUCGGCGGAAGCGCCGGAGGUUACGUUCUGGACAUGUGGAUACUGUGGUCAACGAAUACUGGGCACGGCCACGGAAACGCACUGUUAUUUAUGCGAUGGCUUCAGAAAAUCUAAGGAAUGA